AUUACGUUUUGCAUAGAAGACAAACAAAAGUCAAUAUGACACUAUUCAAAACAAAAGGAACAUAUAAUGAAUAUCAAAACUUAUUAGAAAGGUGUAACGCACAACGUCUUGAAAGAGUUAAUCAUAACGAGAAAGGUUCUACUAUGAUCAGGAAUGAACAAAUGUCGUCAGUAAAGCAUAAGAAUACCCUACAUUCAACCUCUAGGAAAGCACCUGUUCACCUGUUCAAUAUUGAAGAUAUUCCAUGCGAUUAUACGGUAGACUCCUAUGCUUGGGACAAUGAGCAAUCAGAAGAUAUUUCCAACCCUCCAAAGCACACGCUCCAAAGUGCUAGUGAUAACAAUAUCCAAAGUCAGACAAAUGCGAUAUAUGAAAAUAUAAUCGAGUCAGAAAGUCAACCAGAUCAAAACUCUACAGAACUUGAAGAAUACAAGGUUAAACUCGUGAAGCCUGAACGCUUUGAAGACUUAAGAUCGGAAGCUAUGCAAUUAUGGACAAGUGGGAUAGAUCUUAGUUUGGAGAACAGUCCGAAACGAAGGAAAAACAAAAAGGCUUCUUGGUUAACAAUGGAAGAAUUCGCGUCUCUCGGUAGUGCAACACAGGAAGAAACCACUUCACCAGCUUUUUCCCCUAAAUUGGCAAAAGCAGAGACUCCCUCCUCUUUCUCUUGGCUUCCUUCAGGUCUAGAUCAAGGAAAAAUUAACGACAAUUCUUGUCAAGUUUCAUCAGGUGGCGAGAUCAUUUCUGAAUUACCACCACUUCAUUCUUCUAGUUUCACUCCUCACUCAAGCAACCAUUCGACUGGUAGUGUUGACGAAGAAUUUUGCGUAAAGAAGGUGCAAGCGGAGUUGAUUGGCAAUAUCUCAAAAGGGGAUCUACAUCUUUAUCAAUAUCUCGAUGCAUUAGAAAACAACGUCUUUGGAGAAAAUACUCGACAGUCACUGAAACAAACUUUACCUGUCAUAUUGAAAGAAAUUCACCAGAAAAGUCAUAGAACAUUUGUCAAGUUCAUUGCUAUCUUGUUAUUGAGUUUUCAUUCUGGAAUGACAGAGAAUGUAUUCUCUCCUAAGCGUACUUUCUCUCAAGGUCAAGGUCCACACAAUAUUUGGGUCGAAUCGAUUAUGAAUAUUCUUAUUAGAUUUACUUCAAAUCUUAUGACAGCUUCACGAAAUUAUAUUCAAGAAUAUGCAGUCACUCCAUAUGAUAUGAAGUUGAUAUUGGUGUUUCUCGUUCGUUUCAUUCAGGCGUAUCCUAAUGCUGCUUCAACAGUUCCCUUGGAAACCCUUGUUCAUAGAUUUCAGUAUCUUCAGCCAACGUUUCUUCCAAGGAUUUGCAAAGAUAUACAACAACAUAUGGAUAGUUUGGCGAGGUACGUCAAUAAUGAAAAAAUGAUCAGCCCUUCCCCAUCGAAUGUCAAUACCUGGACGAAUUCAAAGCAUAAAUCGACUAUCCAACGUUAUAGCUCACUAUCUUCAGAAUCAUCUGACAAUACUUCAAAACAGAUCCGUAUGGAGGGUAGUUGGUCACAUUUGGAUUUAGAACAAGUCAGACCAUUCCUGAAGAAGCAAUUAUCUUCCCAUCAAGAUCAUUUGUUAUUUGUAGUAGAACGUGCUAUCGGAUGUGUUCCAACAAAAGAGUGCUUGACGGGCAACAUUAAAGAUUGGAUUGUACUUCGAAAGGUGCGACGUUAUCCUACUGCUGUUUUAUCACCUGUGACACCAGAUAUUGUAUUUGUUUACGAAUGUGAUGAUCAAGAGACACAUAUCAUGAGAGAUGGCUUGAUUGGAUGUGUGGCUAUCGUUAUUCCUGACGUUGAUCAUGAAGUAUCACCAUCUCCACUAGUUGGUACAACAAUUCAAUAUGCUAGCAAGUCGGAUCGCAAUGCAAGUCAACAUUUGAUUGCAAUCAAACAUGAAGAUUACACAUGCUAUGGCCAUUUCACGCUCAUUCUAACGUCAAUCAAUGCAUCUCCUCUACUUCCUCUUAUUGAUUGGUUGAAGUAUGCCCAGGUCCAUCUAGAAUUCAAUCACUUUUCCUAUCAACUUGUUUCAUAUAUCCUACCACCAGAUAGUAAAGGGCAAAGAGCGAAAAAGGUAGAAGAUGAAUCUACUUUGGAUGUACCUGAUUAUUUUGGGAAUCUUAGUUUGGAUGUAUCAACUAUUAUGUUACCUGCCUACAGUGAUUGUAAAGCAAAUAUUUCACAGAAUAGCUGGCCUCAAUUACAAUCGAAACAUUUGAAGUUACCAGUGGAUCAACGACCCCCUUUGUAUUCUCUAUCCAAUAGCCAAGUAUCUGCUAUUCAGUAUGCUCUUUCUCAUCGACUAGCUCUGAUUUCUGGUGGACCUGGUACUGGCAAGACUUACUUGGCAGGGAAGUUACUCGGACUUGUGUACCAAGCGAUAAAACGGGGACACAUUGGUCGGCCAAUACUUGUGAUGACAUCUUCGGAAUCUACGCUAGAUACUAUAUUAUCCAUGGUACAAUCUCAUGUACAAGAUAUUAUUCGAUUUGGAAAAGAGUCAAACAAAGGUUUUCUAGCUGAAAGAGAUGGAUUGAAACAAGUAUUACGUCGGAAGGGUGAGAGCUCUUGGAAACAGUAUCGACAACUAUUACGCGAACUAGGAAAUUGUCAAGGUAAAAUUAAAGCACUGGAAAAUCAUAGACAAUUGGCAGUGAUGGAGAAAUGUCCAACGUAUGUUCUGGAUCUUAUGCCACCAACAUAUCGAGAAGCUUUUAUUACUCAAUACCACUCGAAAAGCAAGAACACCUCAUGGAAUGAUAUUUGUACAAACUGGUUACUGGAUACUGGUGAUGAAGGCUGCUCUCUCGAUACACAAGACGUUCAACCAUUACCACCAUCACAACAACAAAGUGAAAAUGAGAACCAGAAUCCUAUUGAUACAGCAUCAAACGAUAUCCUUGCACAAUUGUAUUUUGCGUUAUUGGACCGUAUUGCUCUUCAAUCUUCACAAAUGCAACGAAACGAGGAUUGCGACAUAUUCUUUCAGCAACAACAAUGGAUUGAUCGUCAUCCUUUCAAAAUUAUUCCGUUAUCUGAAGGACAACAAUGGCCAUUUUCCUCUGAUAGUAUAGAGACAGGAGAUCAAGCUAGGAGGUCUUUAAUGGAUAUUUGGUCUCGGGUCAACAAAUCCGACUUGUGGCAACUUACGCUUACUGAACGUAAGAGGAUUUAUGAUAAGAUAUUGGAGGAAUACGUGAAACAUCUGGACAAAGCCAUUAGUGAUAUUCUUCAAACACAAAAUGAAAUACUGGCCGCAUUGAACGAUAUCCGUAUAGAGCAAUGGCAAUCGACAUGUCAAUUCAAUCGUAUCAUUGGUAUGACCACUAGUUUCGCUAUGUCCAAUCCAGUAUUUGUUAAUAAAUUAUCACCACAUGUUGUCAUCGUUGAUGAGGCAAAUGGAAUAUCUGGCGCUUUUUUGGCUGCAGUAGGUUUAUCGACAUCUACGGAACAUGUUAUAUUAUUUGGAGAUGUGACUAGUCAUACUCAAGAUAUUCCAUCGCCAUCGUUCUUUGAUGAAUGGAAACAAGCUGAUCGUCCCAUCUGUGAACUUCAUGAACAAUGGCGUAUGCAAGAAGAAAUUUUACAAGUUUGGCAAGCAGCAAGCAACAACUCUGACAAUACCUAUCAUCUCGUCAAGACGAAAGAUGUUCCUGAACGCGUGCGUGGAAUGAAGUACAACACAUAUCUUAUAGAAUACAAAACAGAUACCAAAGUUGAUAACACAUUGGAUCAAGAGCGUUUCGUGACGAAUUUGGCUCUUUACAUAUAUCAACAAAAUUACCUUUCUACUGAUAUUAUGAUUCUGGUGACAAACUCUUUUGAUUUAUCUCGUAUUCGAAGCUUGGUGUCCAAUUUAUCCAAAAGUACAUCGUUUGCUACAGGAUUUGAAAAUAUCCAAGUGGAAGAUAUGUCCACAUUAAAAGGAAAAGAAGCUGCUAUUGUUUUACUUCUUAUCGAUUCACCAACAACUGAUUGUAUUUCUACAGUAUUAUCUCGAGCAAAAAUAGGAUUGUACAUAGUCAGCAAUAAUCAGUGUCUUCACUCUGAUACAUCUUGGCAGCUGUUGGCAAAUUAUAUGAAUCAAAAAGAUCUGCGCUCUAGUAAAAUACCAGUAAUAUGUGAAAAUCAUCCACAAACUCAAAAUUCAAUUGGCCACUGGAAUGAGUUUACAGAAAUUCGUAAUGGUGGUUGUUCGUUACCCUGCACUACUCUUUUGGAUUGUGGUCAUAUUUGUCAGGAGAGCUGUCAUUAUAAAUCACACUCAAUUUUAAAAUGUAACCUGCCAUGUGAACGCCCACGCGCCAAUAACUGUCAACAUCCAUGUACCAAUCCAUGUCACGUCUGUCAAAAGUUGAAUUCUUGCCCGCCAUGUGAACAACCAUUGCAACUUCGCUUACCUUGCGAUCAUCAAGUUGAAAUCCAAUGUCACGAAAAAGCUGAUUAUGAAAAGUCUGGUUGCCAAGAAAUGGUGAUGACUGAAUUAGCUUGUGGUCAUUAUGUUCCUAUUGUUUGCAACAAAAAAUUAAUUGGUGAUUACUACAAUGUAGAAUGCAAUGAAACGGUCGAACAAGUUUUGGAAUGUGGUCACACAGUCAAAGGUCAAUGUAGUACUCAAUUAAGCUGCACAGCAACAUGUAGUAAAGUCUUAGAGUGUGGUCAUCCUUGUAUACGAAUGUGUUCUGAGGAGCAUGAUCAUGAACGAAAAUCAUGUACAUUCAGCUGUCCAAAACGAUUAAUAUGUGGCCAUCCUUGUACUAGAGGCUGUGCAAACCCAGAUUAUCACACCAUUCGAUGUUUGGAAAACUGCGAACGACUUUGCUCUCAUGGAUAUAAGUGUGGUCGAAAAUGUUGGGAAACCUGUCCAGGUUGUCUUGGCGCUUGCCCCAAUAAGUGUCCCCAUAGUCAAUGUACCAAAAAAUGCUUCGAACUUUGUGACAGAUCUCCAUGUGAUGAACCUUGUCCCAAAAUCCUGGCCUGCAAACAUCCAUGUCGUGGUAUAUGUGGCGAGCCAUGUACCAUUUGUCCAGUAUGCUUUCCUGAUAUAGAAUGCCAUAUCACACUUAGAAAAUUAUCUGAGUUUGAUGAUGAUGAAAAAAUUUAUACCUUACCUGAUUGUGGUUGUUCUUUUGCUGCCAGUGGUUUGGAUCAAUAUUUCAAAAGUAGAACAGAAUCUAGUGAAGACAUAGCAAUCAAACUAUGGACAUGUCCUACGUGUCAGAUACCCAUCAAUAUUGCACCUCGUUAUAGCAAUAUUAUCAAAGCAGAAGUCAAUCUUGUUAACGAUAUCAAAGAACAACAAGAAAAGAUUCGACAACAACUAACAUUGGAAGAAAAAUUAAGUAUCAUUAAUGCCAUGAAUGAAGAAACAGGUUAUCAUGGUAUUCUUGGAGGGAGAUGGUUUGUAUGCAAAUAUCGUCAUCCUUACUAUAUUGGUGAUUGUGGCGGUGCAACUGAAAUUUCAAAAUGUCCACAAUGUAAUGAAGAGAUAGGAGGUUUGCAACAUCAAGUCGUUGAAACAAAUCGAUUUUAUGGAGAAUUUGAUGGAUCACUAAAACCGGCAUGGCCUGGUCAGCCUCUACAGGAACAAGAGAACGAUUAGUUACUUGAUAGUAUUUCAUUUCUCUGAAAACGUUUUUACCAAUAAAAAAAAUCUAAAUUUUCAAAUGUCUAAUCACGUAAAUAC